CACAUAUAUCCUUGUGUGGAUACGGGAGGAAAACAUUUGCACGAAGAUGUCUGGCAACGAGAUCCGUGCACACAAUGUACUUGUAACAACGGAACAGCUGCGUGUACUACAAAGGAAUGCCCCGAUCCUGAUUGCAACAGGCCUGUGAGACUUGAAGGCGAAUGCUGUCUAUCCUGCCCAUAUCAUGUAAGGGUGAGGAGAGUGUCACCGUUUGUCAUGGCACGUGGAGACCAAUUCCACCUUCGAGUCUUGAUCACCAUCCAUGAAAGCCAGCACACUACAAAUGUUACAGGGAUAAAUCUGUGGAAACUUAGUGCCUGGGUAGCCCUUGAUGAGACUAACACUGGCAAGAGAUAUGACUAUAAAGAACAGAUUCUAGAUGAUACGCAGAGGUCACAGCAGUACGUGAAAGGCGAGAUACCGGCGUUCGCUGUUGAUUUCGGCAGUGCAGACCCUGCUGUUGCUUGUGGCAGUGCCUUCUAUAUCUGUGUUAGAUUCGACAUGGACAGCGACUACCAAACGGAGCAUGAUCGUGGCUUUGAACUCUCAGGACUUCCUGAUAACUCAUCACUCAUCGGUUGCACGUCUACCACGAUCUCUGAAGAGAAGUGCAGUACCGUAGACAAACCUGAUGAAUCUCCUGUCAAGCCUGAUGUGUGGAUACCGCUGGUGAUAUCGACGAUCGUUCUCGUUGUUGUCGUAAUCAUCGUCCUGGCCGUUGUGUACUUGCGUCGUCGGAAAAAAUCGAAAACCCGACAGAUUGUGAUGCCCACCAGAUGACUUUUACAGAAUAAUUGUAUAAUUAAUUCUUAAACAGGGAACUUCAUGGUUUCUGUGUUAUGUAUUUCUUUGAGGGAAAAAGAUGUAUUUAAUUCUAACCAACUCCGCAAAACAGACCAGUUCGUAAUGGUAAUAAUGACCCCAAAUAUCCACAGAUCUUAUACCAAUGGAGUAGUCCCGCUUCGUGCAUUUUGGAAAAAUCAUCGCCAAAUUAAUAGAUUUAAUUCAUGUAUACCGUUUGUUUGCUGUCUUGUGAAGAAUAAUUCCAACAGUGUUCCAUACAAUUAUGUUGCCAUAGGUGCAUGAAUGAAUGUUUAAUACAUAACUCUCACCGUUGGGUUUUACAAUGUUGGUACUAAUUACAUUUAGCUUAUUGCUCAAGAAAUGACAAUCUGUCAAAGUCGUGAUAUCUUAAAUAAGAGUAAAAUCUGUCAACAAAAUGUUUAUUUAAACUCAAAUUUGGUAAUCCAAAUCGAUCAGAAAUGCCAGUGGUGGAUUCAGGGGGCACCAGAGAAACGUGCCCCUCCUCCUCCCCAAGUGAUGCGGAGGAGGAGUUUUGGGCCGAUAACUAUUUUUUUGUUUGUGCGUGUAAGAGGCUUUUAAUACGGACUUUACGGAAGUAGCCCCCGUCUCCCCUCGGCAAUAAUCGGGCAAAAAAAUCUUAAUUUUGGGCCGAAAGGUAAAUCAUAUUGCUCCGGUUGUCUCAUUUUCGCUCGCUGGAACAUUGCUAGCACAAACCACUGACCUCUACCUCCUUUACGGAUCAUCGCCUAUUCCCGCCCGUGAUAACGCUUGAAGUGGGCUCGCACGCGCGGCGGCCAUUUUACACUUCCAAGAGCGAUACGGCCCACUAUACGUUACGUACUAAAAGGCUGUAUUGUCUGACCGUUCAUGAAUAUUCAUGUUUUUGCUUAC